AGCAACAGGACGCCUAACCUGCUGCAGUGCGACAACUGGACGAGUCGGCGUUGCAGAUACGGACGGAACUAACGAAAAAAACAGUUAUUCGUCUAUAAUAUUUAAAGUUAAUGCCGCUGAGUGUGUUCAUGUUGUGGCAGUCCAGUGGGUCCGUAACAUUUUAACGCUGUCACUGGGCUAAAACAUGUACAAACAUCCGUGCUAAGUAGCUCACAGCGAUUUGGGAAGCUAACUAUUUGGAGCUAAUGCUGCCUUCAAUGACUAUCGGAAAUACUACAUUCGUGGAUGGAAGCGAGUUUAAAGGUUCACUCUUAAACAAACUUAGUGGUGUUACAUUCCACAACUUCCUAAUUUGAAGAAAACAGCAGCAGCUCAGCAUUACUGUACGACAGACUGCACACCGUCCAUGUUCGUGACGCGUCCUAUGGAGUGAUUGUGUUUCGGAUUUUACGAGGUGUACGUGAAGGCAUCGGAGCCUGUCCCGCAAAGUUAGCUAGCAUUAGCAAUGGUUGCAGUGAAUCCCGCAGCAUCAGCAUCAGCACCACCCGCACUCACAGACAUAAGACAGGCACCGGCUUAGUUUACCGCACCAGACGAGACGACGGGGGAGAACAUUCCCGACUGCAGAUAAAGAUGAGCCGCUUCUGCUCGGACAACAACAACUUCCCCUAUGACAACAAUGUCCUGGUUCUGGACAUGGUGCUGGGCUCUCUGUGGGGAGUCCCCCAGCCCAUCAACUGGGACAAUGUUGCCAAGCUAGUUCCAGGAUUCACUGCCAAGGAGUGUGCGCGUCGAUUUGAGGAGCUGAAGUGCACGGGGGGUUUCCCUCAUGUGGACAACCAGUGUAAUGCCCUGACAGAAGGGAGCACGUCCCCUUCAGAUGGCCUGUCCACGCUGCUGGACACCGGAGAGGUGUUGGAGACGGGAAGCAGCCAGAGCAGCAGCAAAGUUACAGCAGGCUCCAAAUCGACGCCCUCAGGACGAGCUGGUGCUGUGGAGAAGAAAGAGAGAAGAGUCUCAGCAGAGGAGAACGACAAACCUCAGAAGCCACGAGAUCCUAACAUGGUCAUCCAUGUGUGUGAUGAGACCAAGAACCUGAAGCAGGACUUCACAUGUCCCAGAGAUCUGCUAGUUAAAGAGAUGCGUUACUUCGCUGAGUACUUGUCUGUGGACUCUCAGAGGUGGGAGGAGGUGGACAUCUCCGUCCACUGUGACGUGCAGAUCUUUGACUGGCUCAUGAACUACGUCAGGAGGAACUCUGCAGGAGAGGGAAACAAGGACAAACCCCGGCUGGAGCCCAGCAAUGUGAUCUCAAUCCUGAUCUCCUCCGAGUUCUUGAAGAUGGAUACGUUAGUGGAGGAGUGCAUCCAGUACUGCCACAAACACAUGAGCGCCAUCGUGGCUACACCCUGCAACAUGAACUGCAUCAACAGCAACCUGGCAACACGCAUCGCCGUGCUUUUCAGCCACAAUGAGGCCGACGACAUCAGGGACAAAAAAGACAAGUUCAAAAGCAAAUUGUUUCAGAAGAAAAUCGAACGUCUCUUUGAUCCCAACUACCAGAACAGAGAUUCACCAGGAAACGCCUCCACUCUCUACAGGUGUGGUCUGUGCCUUAAGAUGCUGACCAAAGACACAGAGAGGAAGAUUUCUUGUGCUCCAGGAAAAAUCAACAUUGAUGCUCACGGAGAAAUCAUCUACACACACACCAGACAGAAGACCUGGGAUGUGCAUGAAUACAUCACAGGUCUGUACGAGGAGCUCAAGUCCUGGGUCCUGGUCUACUGGAGAAUCUGGGGUACCAUCAACUACCUCACCUGCAACCGAUGCCAACAGGUGUUUGUGUGUGCAGAGCUGACCCAUUGCAAGUACCACCCAGACAGUGUGUUGUACCCUGGCAUGAGUACAGAGAAAGGCUGGCACGGUGCAGGAAUCUACCCCUGCUGCAACCAGAGGGUUCUCCGCUUUGACCCCACCGGUAUGCCCAAGGGCUGUAAGAUGCGCGACCACAUCGUGUCCGUACCUGAUGAAGAGAACUGUGACGAGGCCACCUCGGCCCAGACCAGAGUCCUCAACGACCUGCUGCUGCACAGAGACGCAGUGUGUUUGUCUAGCACACCGCCUGCAGAGGGUACUGAGGAGAGUCCGUCCAGUACAGAGAAGGUUCAGGAUUGUGAUGUUCUCUUGGAGCCAACGCUGCUCGGACCUCUGAGAGGAGACGGCAGCACUUUUUCCCUUUUGAAAAACUGGAGUCUGCAGCUGAGGCAGCAGUCUCUCCUGUCAGAGGACGAGGAGUACACCACAGGGUCAGAGGUCACUGAAGAUGAGGUCGGGGACGAAGAGGAGCUGUCAAAGAAACAAGCUGCUAAGAAGGCCAAGAAGGCCCACAGACCUCUGAAAAAACAAGUAUCUUCUCCAAACUUUCAACGCAAAGACAAACCAGAGAAAUCACAGUCCAGAGACAACACACCUUUCACAGUGAGUGUCCAGAAAAGUAAGUGGGACAGUUCUCGCUCCAUGCGGUACAACCAGGACGCUCAGAGGGAAGAAGACCAGCGUCGCAUGGUGGAGAUCAUCGGCCACCUGACUAAGAUGAGGUUUGGGGAGCAGGAGCAGAGCAGAUCCAAGGACACGAAAGAAGGGGAAUCUACUCAAGACUGGAAGCACAGUUUAAGAGUGCAUCUCAAGCCAGACAGAGUUCAGAGAAGACACCCAGAUCUAAAAUCCGCUACGCUCAAAUCCGGACCACAUAAAGGACAGGAAGGGGAGAAGGCCUCUGAGCCGCCGAAGAGACGAGCAUGAAGACUGAGGAAGAGGAAGAGGAGAGGUCCUUCUGCGAGGGCUCAAUAACUUUGGCAGCCCCUCACGCACUUAUAACCCAGCUGUGGACUCUCUCCUCACCCUUAACCCCCCUCCCCUUGUCAGUUCUGUUCCCUCCCCCUUUGCUUAACUCAGGUGACUAUGUAUGGAUCACCAUCAACCGCAUCCUCCCGUCACUCAGCUAGAUAUUUAUUUGUGCAGCUGUGGUCAGUCCUUGAAAAACAAGGAGGAGUCUGGAUCCAGCUCGGCUCUUAUGAAACGCUCUUGAACCAGGUCUCUCUGUGUUUCUUUGGGAUUUACUUUUGGACAGUAACACGAGAAACACCAGUUAAUUAUUUUUCCACCGUCGUCUCACUUGAAGAUCUGACUUAUUUGGAUGCAGUAAAUACAGCGUGCUUCAGUUAAGCUGCCGGUCGUUACGUCGGCACAUUAAACGAACAUUUAUUGUCGUCUGUGGCCAAGCCCAGCCGUCAGGGUGAGACAGAUGCUGCAGUUAUUUAUAAAUGUUCCCCCAGUUCUGAUAGAGAUAUAGUUUAUAGUCAUUCCUCCCUAUAUUGGAAUAACUGUACUGUACAACGCUGGGACCAAUAAAACAUGAAUGACACUCAACUCCA